AUGGCAGAUGGAGAGCUGACUUUUGAGGAGGAAAUUGUUUCCAUGGUUCAACCAAGUUGCCUGACCGAAGAGCAGUUUGAACAAGCGGUUCUUGCUGACGCCACUCUUCAAAAGAUGAAGCAGUUUGUAAAUUGGUCUUGGCCGUCACAGAGAGACUUGCCGGAAGGUCUGAAACCAUAUUUCAGAGUUCGAGACGAAUUGUCAGUGGUGAGCGAAUUGUUGUUGCGUGCAGAGAAGCUUGUAGUUUCAUCAUCUCUCGUGGCUCAACUUGUGGCGACAGCACAUGAAACUCACCAGGGUAUCGGACGCACCAAAGCCAAACUUAGGGAGCAAUUUUGGUGGCUCCGCAUGGACAGUCACGUGGAAGAAGCAGUCCACAAUUGUAGCAUCUGUCAAGCAGCAGAUAAAUCGGCAAAGACGUCGCCUGCCCCGCUGCAACCUGUCGAGCCACCAGAGAGACCAUCGCAGAAACUUGCAAUGGAUAUCGUUGGUCCCCUGGAGAGGGCGCCUCCAGAUUGCAGAUUUGUGCUGACACUCGUAGAUUACUUCUCAAAAUGGCCAGAAGUACAGUUUUCGAGGGAAAUUUCUACAAGAACCGUGACCAAGAUUCUGCUCAACGUAUUUGCACGGAAAGGCUCUUCUGAGGCGAUAGUCUGUGAUAAUGGGCCCCAAUUCACGUCAAAGAAAUUUGUCAACUUCCUACAAGAACGAGCGAUCCGCCUGUCGCACUCAUCUGUUUAUUGCCCGCAGGCAAACGGACAGAUCGAGCGGUUCAACCACAUGUUCAAGACUUACUUACAACUGGCCCGUCUAGAACAACGUCCGCUGCGAACUGCUGUACGGGAUUACCUCGCCGCAUACAUGUGUAAACCACACGCCACAACAGGAGUGGCCCCUGCGGUACUUUUACAUGGAAGGCUGCCAAGAACGAAGCUUGACAUCUUCGGCUUAUCGCCCGAGUCCUUCGCAAAGGCACCCUACCAGGAGCUGGCCAGGCUGCGGCAACGUGUCAAGCGCAGGCAACAGUACAGCAAUGCCUACACUGACAGGAGGCGAGCGGCAAAACCGACAACAGUGGCAGUAGAAGACAUGGUGCCGCUGAAGAAAUCAUCGGUUUUAUUCAAAGGUGACAUCUCUUUCUCGUAG